UCUUUCAAGAAAAUAAAAUCCAAUCAAAUCCUAACUUCUAUCUUUCUUCAUUAAUAGUCAUCUGACUUCUAUUUUCCCAAAAAUAUGUUUACUGCUGUGUAACCAAGACUUCAGGUAGAUGGCAUAUAUGUAAUCAUGAUCAUAAUCUUUGAUCUACUACUGCUGUGUAACGUAUACUUCAACUUCAACCAGAAAACUGUAAAGAAUAGUUAAGAAAUCUAUGGAGAAUCUUGCAGCAAGUGCUAAAAAAAGAAAGCAACCUGAGGCAAAUUCAGAGGCAGUUUAUACUGAAGUCAAGCACCAAGAUUUGGCAUCAAAGAAGCAACGAGCUGUGGCAUGGAAAUAUGAUGUGUUUGUAAGUUUUAGAGGUGAAGAUAUUCGUAAAAGCUUCAUUGAUCAUCUUUUCAAAGACUUCAAGCAAAAUGGAAUUCAUGCUUUUAGAGAUAAUAUCGCAUUGCCUAGAGGAGAAGAAAUAUCUCCUCAACUUUACAAUGCCAUUGAAAAUUCAAGGAUUUUGAUGGUUAUCUUCUCCAAAAAUUAUGCUUCUUCAUCAUGGUGUCUAAGGGAACUUGUGAAGAUUCUCAAUUUAAAGCAGAUGGAAAAAGCGCACCAUGAAGUUCGAAUCUUGUUUUAUGAUGUUAAGCCCGAAGUGGUGAGGAAACAAACUGAGAACUAUGCCGAAGCAUUUGCCAAACAUCAAGUAUCAAAUAGAGCAGAGGUAGAUGAAUGGAAGAGAGCUCUGACAAUGGCAGCUAGUUUAUCUGGAUGGGAUCUUAAUGACAUGACAAAUGGGUAUGAGUCAAAGUUUAUUGAUUGUAUCUCCAAAGACAUCCGUAAGACAUUAUGUGAUGUCCCAUUACAUGUCGGUGAGAACCUAGUAGGUGUAGAUGCUCGUUUAAGUAAGCUGAACUUGGUGCACUUUAUUGGUUCAAGUAAGGUUAAUAUGAUUGGAAUUUGUGGUAUUAGCGGAAUAGGAAAGACCACCAUCGCUAAAGCUAUUUAUAACUCCAUGUAUGCGUACUUUGAGGGAAGUUGCUUCUGUGAGGAUGUCAAAGGAGUCACCGAACGACAAGGGCUACCUCAAGUCCAGAAGCAAUUUAUUAAUAAGAUCAUGAAAACCGAAGAUGUGAAGAUAUCCCAUAUUAGUGAAGGAAUUAUGUUAAUAAAGAAGAAAGUAGCAUGUGAGCCGAUCUUCCUUGUUAUGGAUAAUGUGGAUCAUCACGAGCAGUUAGAAGCUCUAGCAGGUUCACAUGACUGGUUUUGUCCUGGGAGUCUGAUUAUUUUCACUGGUAAAGACAAACAGUUGCUAAGAUCUCAUAGAGUUGAUACAAUUUAUGAUGUGGAGUUUUUAGAUGAUCGUGAAGAUAUUCAGCUUUUUUGUUUGUAUGCUUUUGGCCAAACUUAUCCAACACAAGAUUUCAAGGAACUCUCGUACGAAGUUGUCAAAUGUUUGCAAGGGCACCCUUUGGCUCUCAAAGUUGUUGGCAAUGCUUUGUUUGGAAAGUCUACGCGUAUAUGGAGAAGUGAAUUAAAUAAACUCCAAAAGUACCCUAAUGCAGAGAUACAAAAAAGACUGCGACCAAGUUUUGAUUUGCUAGAUUUUGAUCAGAAAAGUAUCUUUCUCGAUAUUGCAUGUUCCUUGAUAGGGGAAAAUAUAGAUCUUUGUGUACGUGUACUUGAGAGCGUUAAUUGUUUUGCGGAUGCUAACAUUGAUGUUCUAGUCGAUAAAUCACUAAUUACAAUAACUUUGGAUGAUUCGCUUCAAAUGCAUGAAUUGAUUCGAAGUAUGGCUAGGGAAGUUCUACGUGAAGAAUCUGAUAGGCGUAUCCGGUUGUGGGGGCCAUCAGAUGUUUACAGUAUACUUGGUGAAAACAAUAUUUUAACAGAUACAGCUAAAGAAGUUGAAGUUCUUGUCCUUUCGCAAGAGAAAUCAACUAAAACGGUUCACGUGGAUUGUAAAUCUUUUUCGAAGAUGAAAAAAUUACGGAUCCUUAAAGUUUGUUAUCCACAGCCAAAAGACUUUCGACUCUCGUUUCAAUUGAGCGUAUCCACGGACAUCAGUGUGAAGUUCUCAGGAAGUUUGGAUUUUUUAUCCAAUCAGCUAAGAUUGAUUUAUUGGCAUGGAUAUCCUUUCAAGUGCUUGCCAGCAAAUUUUUAUCCAGAGAACAUUGUUGCCAUUGACUUGUCUUUCAGCAACAUUAAAAGAUUUUGGACAACUCCUAAGUGUUUUAAGAGCUUGAAAGUGAUGAAGCUAAGGCACUGCCGUAACCUAAAAACUACCCCUGACUUCACAGAGAUGGUCAAUCUCGAAAAGCUAAUUCUUGAAGGCUGUGUGAGUCUGGUUAAGCUUCACCCAUCAAUUGGAAUGCUCAAGAAGCUUGUUAAGUUAAAUAUGAGAGACUGCAUACAAAUUUGGAGUUUCCCUUACAAAGUUGAAUUGGAUUCUCUUCAAGUUCUGAUUCUUCCUAGAUGCUUAAAAAUGGACUACUCGACUCAGGAAUCGGGCAUCCUCGAUAGUUUGAUGAAGCUUUACGCUUAUGGAACAACCAUAACAGAAUUUCAAUCUUUUAUAUCGUCUCUAACUAACCUUCAAGUGCUAGAGAUCGGUAGAUAUGAGCAAACCGAGUCUCCUGCCUGGUGGCCAUCAAUCUUCCAAAAGCAACCACAAAGUUUGGUGUUGUCUUCUUUGGCAAGUUUACGAUUGCUAAAAGACCUCAGACUUAGAAACUGCAAUAUAUCCGAGUUGUGCCAUGACAUUGGAGCCUUGUCAUGUCUAGAUACUUUAGAUUUGAGUGGUAACAACUUUACUAACUUACCUGGAAGUUUGGGUCAACUUUCUCGCCUUGAAGAUCUUAUUCUGAAUGGUUGCAAAGAGCUAGAAGUGUUGCCAGAACUUCCAUCAAACAUUGUGCGUCUUCAAGCAUCUGAAUGUACCUCCUUGCAAGAACCGCCAAGGCUAUCUCACCGACAACGUAUACUUGUGUGGCAUGUACAAAAUUGUCCAAAAAUGUCUGGGAACGUUAACAUAGAUGAUAGCCAGGUGUCUAUGGCGCAGACUCGAUUUAUGGAUUCAGAUGCGUCUACAAACCAGUUUUUAUUUUUUGUCGAAUGUUUGGGUAUCCUGAGCAACAUAAGUGAAUUCUUCGUGGGAGAUAAACAGUUGACGUUAAUAUUAAGUGGGAAAAGAAGAAUUCCACGGUGGUUUACAAAUAAAAGCAAGGGAAGUCAUAUAAAGAUAGAAUUACCCCCAAAUUGGUGCUUCUCUAAGUUCAAGGGAUUUGGAAUUUGUGCUGUAUUCGAGCUCAAGGAGUCUCAUCGUAAAGGAUGCCCAGGAUUCUCGGUAAACAACUUUGACGGAGCCUCUGUAACCGAGUUCCGUUCAAAGACAAUCACAGGAAUGGAUGAACCAGGAUUCUUUGUGUUGUGUGUAUUUUUUACACGUGAUCAGGGCUGGGAAAAAGCAAAGAAUUUUGUCACGGUUACAUUCCAAGAUACUACUAGUAUUUAUGAGGUGAAGGAGUGUGGUGUAAGACUUCUUUGUGAUAACGAUGAUGAAGAUUUAAGACAACAACAAGAAGAAGAAGAAGCAUCAGUGUUAAGUAUCAUACAACACCUCUCACCAACCAGCGGGUACUUAUUCUUAAACGACCGUGGUGUUUGGACCGGCAUGUAUUUUUAAUAAAAAAAAUUGUGUAGUUUAUAAAUUUUCUUAAUCAUAGCUUAAAAAUGACAGUACUUUACUCAUUUGAUGUUUAAUUUGCUAGAAUGCGUUUUCAAAUAGUUUUUAUA